CCUGAUUUCCUUUCUACAAAUAAUACAAAAUCUCUCUCGCCUAGCUUAGCUCUUGAAACACAUAUGUUAGCACGUAGAGCAAUGGGCUCCUUGACUGCUCUAUACGGCGCCGUUCCAUGCAGCAUCGCCUCAGUUGGCCGGCCAACAAAGAUCCAGUUCCAUCUCAACGCACCAUGCAACACAAAGACGAUGCAAAACUUAAAAACGUCUCGUAGAAACAUGAGUGUCAAUUGCAAUAACGGCGGGUUGCCCUUCCCGCCUCUUCCCGGUCUCCCUUCUAACCCUGGUUCUGGUCCGGGUUCCUGGUAAUGUCUUCAUCGACCUUUAUCCGCUGAAAAACCAGUUGGUCCCAAUAAAUCGAGUUAUUGAACGAAUUUCAAUUGGGAAUCAUUUACGCGCAGGAAACUGUGGCUUGUGGGUGUGGCGGUGGCGCUUGUAGUACCCUUUUGGAGGAAACAACUAUGGUCGAAUGUAAAAGGGUAUGCAGAGAGAUUUGAUGAGAUAGUGAACACGGUGGAGAAAGUAGCGGACAUAGUGGAAGACGUGGCGGAGCAAGUCGAGAAGGUGGCCGACGGCGUAGGGAAUAACUUGCCCGCCGGCAAGCUCAAGGAUGCAUUCCAGCGCAUCGAGGAUUUUGCCGAUCAGACGGAGAAGAGCGCUGAGCUCGCCGGAGAUGUCAUUGAUAAGGUACAAGAACUUGAGGAUCAACUAGACGCUUACAUUGAAGCCACUGAUGAUGACGACGAACACGCUAAGGUGGCGAAGGAGUUGAAAAGGAAGAUCAAUGAAGAAGUGAAACCGAGAAUCAACGAUCAAUUGGCCGCCGGCGGCGGCACCAAGGCUGAAGAUCAGGUGGCGGUGGCUGCCGUGGUGGAAGAAACCAAGUCUAGGUCUUAGUAUGGAAAGUUAUGAAGCUAUAGCUACCAGUGGACAAUCGAAACUAAUUGUUUAUAGAAUGAUAUGUUAUAUUCAUUAGAAAUUAUUAUUAUUUCAUUUAUUGAUUAGGUAAUUUUAUUUGUAUAUAUGGCUGAGUAGUAUGCACAUUGGUUGGAGACUUUGGAGGUCUGUAUUUAUCCAAAUAUUGAAUAUAAAUAAUGAUUUCGGGG